AUGAUGACAAGGAGGAAGCGAGCAGGAAAAGAGAUAACCGAUAAGGUGGCACCAAUAGAGGAGGAAUCAGUGAAUGAGAGGUUACCAACAUGUCUGUUUGCGACUGACCAAUUCUCGAAUAAGAGGAAUAACUGUUAUUCGUCCAUGGAGUACCUACUGCUGGUGAGGGAUGUGCUAGAAAGGACCGAAGAGAUGGAGAUGGUGUUGGGUACUUGCUUUGGAAAGCUUUUUAGGUUACCGGUGAGGUGUAAUUUCUUAGCGGAGGUGCUAGAUGAUGAGCAUAAUCCUUAG